AGUAUGCAUUCCCGGCCAGAAGUUGGCUAGUGGAUCAUUUUCUCUGAACUGGAUAGUACGUUCGCCGAAACAUAACAUCUAGAAAUUGUCUGAAAGUUUGGUCAGGUAUCCGAAUAAGUUAAGAGACCUUUCCAAAUGUGUAUAUAGCAUGAAACAUAAAACACGAGUUAUUUAUAUUCCUCAGGAAAUUACAACCGAUGUCGGUAAUUACAGGAUAGCAUUCUGAUAAGAAUACUUUUCCCCUCAGGAGACUUGGGGGUAGUCUGCGAGACGCUUGUAUGCUACGCAUUUUAAAACUGCGAGAGGGAACCUAAGUCUGCUAAAACGUAUAUACUGUUUAAAAAAAAAAAAAAAAAAAAACACGAAGUGUCGAUAUCACGGAUGUGGGCAACAUCUUGACGCAACUCCUUUGACUUGCUCCUUUGUGUUGUACUGUGGGGCCUGCGGCAGCAAUGAACCCGGAGGAGCAGACGGUAACGUGGCUUAUAUCUUUAGGAGUGCUUAAUUCACCGAAAAAGAACAUCGCAGAUCCAGAGGAAUUUCUGAAAACGUCUCUGAAAGAUGGGGUUGUCCUCUGUAAACUCUUGGACCGACUUCUGCCAGGGUCAGUCCAGAAGUACUUCCAGGAGCCGAGGGGCGAAGCGGAUUGCCUUGCCAACAUAAGAGAGUUUUUGAAAGGAUGCACAUCCCUUAAAGUAGAGGGCUUUGAAGCAGAGGACUUGUACGCUGGUGAGAACUUCGGCCAGAUCCUGAACACUCUCCUUGCAGUAAACUUUGCCACUCAAGAUCGAGUUAUCGAGAGGUCAUGUUCGCUGUCCAGCAGCCCCUCCCCUAACCAGUCCUCUUCACACACACUGUCCAAGUCGAAGUCACUGCGCAGACAGUCCAAGCCUGCGGAGAUGUCGGAGAACGGCGGCGGAGGGCAGCUGAUGGUGAAGGCGCGCUUCAACUUCAAGCAGAACAACGAGGACGAGCUGUCCUUCAACAAGGGCGAGCUGAUCUGCGUCACGCGGCAGGAGGACGGCGGCUGGUGGGAGGGAACGCUCAACGGCAAGACCGGCUGGUUCCCCAGCAACUACGUCCGCGAGAUCAAGCCGUCCGAGAAGCCCGUGUCCCCUAAAGCUGUGAAAGUCUUUGAUGUGCCUCAGCUGACAAAGAACUACUAUGGAGUGGUGGUUCAGGACAUCUUGGAGCACGAGCGGGAGUUUGUGAAGGAGCUGCAGACCCUGCUGAGUUGCUACCUCCGCCCACUGCAGUCCAGCGACAGGCUGUCCAGUGCGGACAGCAGUAGCCUGAUGGGUAAUCUGGAGGACAUCCUGACGUUCCAGCAGGGCCUCUGCGUGGCUUUGGAAGAGUGCACCAAAGUGGCUGAGGCUCAGCAGCGUUUGGGCGGCUGCUACCUGAACCUGAUGUGCCAGAUCAAGAUGCUGUACCUGUCCUACUGUGCCAGCCACCCCUCAGCGGUGUGCGUGCUGACAGACCACGGUGAGGAGCUGGAUAAGUUCAUGGAGAGUCAGGGAGCGGCGAGCCCCGGGGUCCUGACGCUGACCACCAGCCUGAGCAAGCCCUUCAUGCGGCUGGACAAGUACCCAACCCUGCUGCAGGAGCUGGGGAGGCACGUGGAGGAGGCCCACCCAGACCACUGUGACAUCCUGAAAGCCAUAGUGGCUUUUAAGAACCUUGUGGUGCAGUGCCAGGACCUGCGCAAGCGCAAGAACCUGGAGCUGCAGAUCCUGUCGGAGCCCGUGCGCGGCUGGGAGGGCGAGAGCAUGAAGUCCCUGGGCGGGGUCAUCUACAUGUCGCACGUUCACAUGCAGAACGGGGCCAGCGAGGAUAAAGAGGAGCGUUACUUGAUGCUGUUUCCCAGUGUCCUCGUAAUGCUGUCUGCCAGCCCGCGCAUGAGCGGCUUCAUUUACCAGGGAAGGUUACCGCUGACCGGAACAACAGUAACCAGGCAGAUAGAGGAUGCAGAAAAUGCCUUUGAAAUCACAGGAAGCAUGAUCGAGCGGAUCACGGUGUUCUGCAGCAGCCAGCAGGAGCUGCAAGAGUGGUUCGAGCACCUACCCACUCUGACCAAAGGAGGAAGCCCUGUGGGAACCAUCAGCAAGAAUGCGGACGGCAAGCCUGCGGUCACCACCCCGAGCCACCAGACCGUGUCCCAGGGCUUCACCUCUCCCAUCAGCGGCCGGGGCCCCCUGGAGCCCCCCAAAACCGCCAAGCCCUGGUCUCUGAGCUGCCUGAGACCCGCGCCCCCUCUGAAGCCGUCCGCAGCGCUGGGGUACAAGGAGAGGAUGUCUUAUAUCCUGAAGGACUGCAGCAAAAGCCCUCGUCCCAUCACAAAGUUCCUCCAGAAGAGAAAACCUGAAAGAAAACCAUCAGAUGACGAGUUCCUUCUGAGGAAAAGCACAGCCGCUCUGGAGGAGGACGCACAGAUCCUGAAGGUCAUUGAGGCCUACUGCACGGGGGCCAGCUUCCACCAGUCCACCACAGCGGUUCGGAAAGAGGGCGUCCCGCAGGUGCUCCUGCCCGAGGAGGAGAAGAUCAUCGUGGAGGAACUGAGGAGCAACGGACAGACCAUAAUCGAGGAGAAGAGCCUUGUGGAUGCAGUAUACGCUUUAAAGGAUGAGGUCCACGAAUUAAAAAAGGAGAAUAAGAGAAUGAAGCAGUGUCUCGAGGAGGAGCAGAAAUCACGCAAGGAGCUGGAGCGAAUGGUCAGGAAGCUGGCCAAACAAAAGAAUGACUGUGCAUGGGAAGAUGCCAACUUCUAAGUGCUGUGAGUGCGUGUGGGUGUCUGUUUGUAUGUAUGUGUGUGUGAGAUGCACAGUUGUGCACAAACACAACUGUAUAUCACACGUGUGAGCGCGCUUGCUUAUCUUUGGUGUGUUUGCUGGAUUGCUGAAAGCUGCUGGCAGUUUCCACAACAUAGUAACCCCCCUCCAGCCCUUGUAAGGACACCCCCCACCCCCCCACCCCACAAAAAAAAAUCCAAGCUGGGGUCUUAACUGAUCUUUCAGAUGCAUUUGCACAUGUGCAGAGAUUAAUGGUGGAGAGGGCAAAGACAGGAAGACAGAAUUGAAAAGGUUUCCGGACCGGUAAACGGUGCUUGCUGUUUGAGGAGUUGAGGCUGGUGACGGGAUUGAUGGGAUUGAACAUGGACGUUGGUGGAAUGCCCAGGUCUGAGCUACGGUUCUGGACACGUACGUGUUCGCCUGUUCACAGUCCUGAUGAGUGGCUUUUUGAGGGGCUGUUUCUGAAGACCAGUCAGUGAAAAUUAGGCAAACAAAAACAACAGAAUUACCCAAAUUGUAGAGCUGUUCUUGUACUCUGAACACUGUGAACUGCUUCCUGGAAAAGAGACCGCUUUCAUUAUUGAAAAAGAUAAGGAAAAAAAAAUCUUCAAGUUGCUUCGAUCCCGCAAUACUGUGGAGGACUUCAAGGGUCUGCUGUUGUGAUCUUGAAGAGAAAGGCAAUUUGAAAAACUUUUGCAUGCACAUAUUUUAAUAGGAGACCAAUGCUUUUGGUCCAAGCCACGUGGUCUUUUCCCUCGUACGGUCUGUUAUUUUGGGAGUACGUGGAUUGGUUUCUUAUUGGUGGCAUCCCCACAUUAAGGAUGCAGUAGAGGAAACGACGGCUUGUCUUGGCUGCCUAAGACUUUCGAUGGAUCUGUGGCCAUCUUGAAGGUCUUUCGUGGGGAUGAGCGCACUGAAGAGGCUUCGAAAGUUGCACCUUCAGCUCGUACGUACUGUUAAAGCUUUAAUAUUAACCUCUAUUCUCUCUCGACGGUAUAUCCUAUCAUUUGCAUGUGUACGUACAGUAUUCCUUGCUUGUGUCACAUAUUUUAUGAAAUAUUUUCUUCCACUAGUAGGUCACAAUUUUAUGAGUUGCUGUCAGUGCCAUCAGUAG